CAGUUUAGAUCAGGAAGUAGUCAUGCCUCGCAGGAUGUCAGUUUGUCAUAUGCCCAGCAUCAUGUUGGAAAUUCAAGUCCUACUUCCACAUCUCCUAGCAGAUAUGAAAGGACUGUGGACAUGACUCCAUCAUCACUGAUAAUUCAGAGGUCUUUCUCUUCUCCAGAAAAUUUUCAGAGACAAGCAGUGAUGAAUAGUGUUUUGAGACAGAUAUCCUAUGGUAGAAAAUUUGGUUCUCCACCUCUGGAUCAAUCAGGAUUUUCACCAUCAGUUCAAUCACACCAUACUUUUAACCAGUCUUCAAACUCUCAGUGGCGCCAAGAUACACCAUCAUCACAGCGUAAAGUCCGACAGAAUUCUCAUCCCUAUGUAGCAGAUAGACAUUAUAGCCGGGAACAGCGUUACAGUGAUCAUGGGUCUGACCAUCAUUAUAGAGGAAACAGAGAUGAUUUCUUCUAUGAAGAUAGAAAUCACGAUAGCUGGAGCCAUGACUAUGAGAACAGAAGAGACAGUAGUAGAGAUGGAAAAUGGCGCUCAUCUCGACACUAAGAAGUGUUCAAAAACACUUUUUUAAAUAGGGUCAUUUAAGGCCCUUUAACUCAGUUGAUUUGCAAAUAAUUUUGUUGAAAACUGUACAGAGCUGCUUUAGAAGUUGACACAUUUCUAUAUAAAUUUUUAAAAACCUAGUUACAAUUUAAUACAGAAAUGAGAAGAAUUGUGGUUCCAGUUUUAUAAUAUUAACAACCUUUCACCUCAGGGUUUUAUGAAGAGGAAAGGGUUUUAUGCAAAAGAAAGUGCCACAAUUCCUAAUCAUUUUAGACACUUUAGAAAGUGAAUUAUAUAGCUUGGUUGUAUGAUAAAGCAAAUAUUUUAAUUAUUUGUUAUCUUUUGUAUUGCAAGAAAUUUCUUGUUAGUCAGAUUUUGAUGUAUUGUAAUAGAAAACAAUCCAUGUUGACAGU